GGAAGGGGGCGGACUCUGCCUCGGGGUGGGCUGGGGGAGCUGCGUCAGGACAAUGUGGAGCAGCGACAGUCUGGCGGGUGCGGGGUCUGGCGGGGCGUUAGUGACGGUGACCUUCACGAACGCUCGGGACUGCUUCCUCCAUCUGCCACGGCGCCUCGUGGCCCAGCUGUACCUGCUGCAGAAUCAAGCUAUAGAAGUAACCUGGGAUCGCCAGCCCACCUACCUGAGCUGGGUGGAAGGCAGACAUUUCAAUGAUCAAAGUGAAAAUGUGGCUGAAAUUAGUAGACAAGUCGGUCAGAAACUUGGACUUUGCAGUGGGGAUCAGGUGUUUCUCAGGCCAUGCUCCCAUGUGGUGUCUUGCCAACAAGUUGAGGUGGAGCCCCUUUCAGAAGAUGACUGGGAGAUACUGGAGCUGCAUACCAUUUCUCUUGAACAGCAUCUUCUAGAUCAAAUUCGAAUAGUUUUUCCUAAUGCCAUUGUUCCCAUCUGGGUUGACCAGCAGACUUACAUAUUUAUUCAAAUUGUUGCUCUGAUGCCAUCUGCCCCUUAUGGAAGGCUAGAAACUAACACUGAACUACUCAUUCGGCCAAAGACACGUCAAGCCAAAGAGAACACAUUUCCAAAAACAGGAGAUGUACAUGGACAAUUUCAUAGUUAUGUACAGGAACAAAAAGGAAUAUCAAAAGAAUUGCAAGCCAAGCAACUUCAUAUGAACACGGAGGGCAUCACUGUGUCCAAUGAAAUAGAACCAGAAGUUCCCAGUGGCUCAUCGUGGAAACCACGCUGGUGGACUAUGCUAGGAAGCAUGUUUUCUUUUGGGCCAGACAGCAAGCAAGUAGCAUCCUGGGGUUCACUGGAAAUGAGUGCUUUCAAAACCAUGCAGUCACAGGUUGUUCCUGUAGACAAUGUUUUCAGAGUGUGCCGAGUUCAGCCUCCUAGUACACAUGCCACACCAGCUACCUCUGUGUUUCACAACCAUUGCACCAUUCAUGUGUUUCCAUGGCACCAAGAAGAUUUUGAUAUGGAGCCAAGCUUUACUGUGACCUAUGGAAAACUAGUUAAGCUGUGUUCUCCAAAACAACAGCAAGGCAAAACAAAGCCGAGUGUCCUGUUGCCUGAAAAAGAGAAGCACCAGUCAGAGUCACCAGAUCAUAAACAGAUCAGCUCCAAGCACACCGAGGAAGCUGGUGAGGCCCGUGUGUUGAAGGUAGUCUGGAAUGGACUUGAGGAGUUGAAGAAGGCUACAGAGUUCACCAAAAGUGUAGAGCCUCUUCACCUUGGGAAAGUCUGGAUCCCAGAUGACCUGAGGAAGAGACUAAAUAUAGAACUACAUGCAGUAGUCAGGAUAACUCCACUGGAAACCACCCCUAAAAUCCCAAGAUCUCUGAAAUUACAACCUAGAGAGAAUUUACCUAAAGAUGUGGGUGAAGACGAUGUCAAAGCUAUGUUCUCGUCAUGGCUGCAGCAGUCGGCUUCCACCACGCUUCCUUUGAUAGUAUCGAAGGAAGAAUGCAUUAAGCUGAGAAUUAAAGACGGGUUGAAAGAGUUCAAUCUGAGUAUAGUUCAUUCUCAGGAAAAAGAAAAGGAAAAAGGAGAGACUGUUUUUGUGUUGAGUGCCAUUCUGCUGCAGAAGAUCUCAAUACAAGUCCUUCUAGAACCUAUGAUAAGAGAAGAAAACAGUGAGGAAAUUGACUUUCUUCUUCCCUUUUUAAAGCUGAACUCUCUGGGUGGAGUGAAUUCCUUAGGUAUAUCUGCCAUGGAGCACAUCACUCACAGCCUCUUGGGACGCCCUUUGUCUCGGCAGCUGAUCUCCCUCAUCGCAGGACUUAGGAAUGGUGCUAUUUUGAUCACUGGAGGAAAGGGGAGUGGAAAGUCAACACUAGCCAGAGCGAUCUGUAAGGAAGCCUGUGACAUAUUGGAUGCCCAUGUGGAGGCAGUUGACUGCAAAGCUUUACGAGGAAAAAGGCUUGAAAGCAUACAGAAAGCCUUGGAGGUGGCUUUCUCAGAGGCGGCCUGGAGGCAGCCAUCUGUCAUUCUGCUGGAUGACCUAGACCUCAUUGCUGGACUGCCCACUGUGCCAGAACAGGAGCACAGCCCUGAAGCGGUGCAGAACCAGCGACUUGCACGCGCUUUGAACGAUAUGAUCAAAGAGUUUGUUUCUAUGGGAAGUUUGGUUGCGCUCAUCGCCACGAGCCAGUUCCAGCAAUCCCUCCAUUCCUCCCUUGUCUCUGCUCAAGGAGUGCAUACAUUUCAGUGUAUCCAGCGCAUCCAGCCUCCUAAUCAGGAACAAAGAUGUGAGAUUCUGAAUAAUGUCGUGAAAAAUAAACUGGGAUUCAAUAUAAACAAGUCUCCUGACUUUAACCUGCAGCACAUAGCUAAAGAAACUGAAGGGUUUGUGGCUAGAGAUUUUACUGUUCUCGUGGACCGAGCCAUACACUCCCAUCUCUCUUGUCAGCAUGUCUCCACCAGGGAAGAAUUGACUUUAACAACAUCAGACUUCCAAAAGGCUCUCCAUGGAUUUCUUCCUAUUUCUCUGAGAAAUGUCAACCUGCAUAAACCUAGAGACCUGGGCUGGGACAAUGUUGGUGGAUUACAUGAAGUUCGGCAAAUACUCGUGGAUACUAUCCAGUUACCAGCCAAGUACCCAGAAUUAUUUGCAAACUUGCCCAUAAGACAGACGACUGGAAUAUUGCUUUAUGGUCCCCCAGGGACAGGAAAAACUUUACUUGCUGGGGUAGUUGCAAGAGAGAGUGGAAUGAAUUUUAUUAGUAUCAAGGGACCAGAGUUUCUCAGCAAAUAUAUUGGAGCAAGUGAGCAAGCUGUUCGAGAUGUUUUCAUCAGAGCACAGGCUGCAAAGCCUUGCAUCCUUUUCUUUGAUGAGUUUGAAUCCAUUGCUCCUCAAAGAGGUCACGACAACACAGGGGUAACUGACCGAGUAGUUAACCAGCUGCUGACACAGUUAGAUGGAGUAGAAGGCUUACAGGGUGUUUAUGUGUUGGCUGCUACUAGUCGCCCUGACUUGAUUGACCCUGCCCUGUUGCGUCCUGGCCGACUGGAUAAAUGUGUAUUCUGCCCUCCUCCAGAUCAGGGAUCGCGUCUUGAGAUUUUAAAUGUCCUCAGUGACUCUCUACCUCUGGCCGAUGACGUGGAUCUUCAGCAUGUGGCGUUGGUAACUGAAUCCUUCACUGGGGCUGAUCUGAAAGCUCUACUGUACAACGCGCAGCUGGAGGCCUUGCAAGGAAGGCUGCUACCUGGUGGGCUCCAUGACGGAGGCUCCAGCUCUGACAGUGACCUAAGUCUGUCCUCCAUGGUCUUCCUCAACCACAGCAGUGGCUCUGAUGACUCAGCUGGAGAUGGAGAAUGCGGCUUGGAUCAGUCUCUUGUUUCCCUUGAGAUGUCUGAGAUCCUUCCAGAGGAAUCAAAAUUCAACAUGUACCGGCUCUACUUUGGAAGCUCAUAUGAAUCAGAACUUGGAAAUGGAACCUCUUCUGACUUGAGUUCACAUUGUCUCUCUGCACCAAGCUCGGGGACUCAGGAUUUACCUGCACCUCCUGGAAAAGAGCCAAUGUUUACACAACAUCCUGUGUUUAGGACAUCUUCCCAGGAAGGCCACCAAGACCUUACUCAGGAGCAGAAAGACCAGCUGAGGGCAGAAAUCAGCAUCAUCAAAGGCAGAUACCGGAGCCAAAGUGGAGAGGAUGAAUCCCUUAAUCAGCCAGGACCAACCAAAACCAGUUUUGCUAUUAGCCAGGCACAUUUGAUGACUGCGCUAGCUCACAUGAGACCGUCCAUAAGCGAAGAUGAAGGGAAGGAUUUUGCUGAGCUGUAUGAAAACUUUCAGAAUCCAAAGAAGAGAAAAAGUCAAAGUGGAACAGUGUUUCGGCCUGGACAGAAAGUAACUUUAGCAUAAAAGACACCUGAUAUUUUCUAGGAUGUGAUUGCUUGUUUGUUCUGAUGGUCUGUCCCUCAGUGAAAAUUAUAAAAAUGAAGUCUGUAAAUUUUUUUAAUGUAAUAAAUUUGGUUAACCUAUAAAAUCUCAGAAUGGUAAAUGCUGUGGUUAUCAUAUAAUGCUCAGGACUGUCUGAGAUAAAUAGGGAAGCUAAAUGAAGGUAUUUAUAACAGAUUGUGUAUUUUAUUUCCAUAAGUCUAUAUUAAAUCCUUAAUGAAAUGA